GUUUCGCUGGCGGGCGAUCUUGCGUCCCUUCAUAAGCAGAGAGUCCCUUUCGUCAAGUGUACCUUCUUCACCUUCUCCCUGAAGCCUUAAUUCCGCCUCUACUUGCGGCUCGCCCCUCGUUACUCCUCUCAGGACCAUCCAGUCGUGAAGUCUUUACUGGCUCACACUUGUCAUUCGCUUCCUUGAACCCUCCACACACUACCUCUAGUAAUCCCGUAAUACGAACACGAACCCUCAACAUGCACUUCUCCUCACUCGCCGCUGUUGCGGCUAUUGCCCCGCUCGUCAGCGCCCAUGGCGGUAUGGGCCUGCCCAAGAUCGCUGGUAUCAACAUGCGAGACCUCAAGUCCCGUGACUUGCUUGCCAACCUCGAGGCCCGCAUUGCUGAGGUCAAGAUUGCCCACGCCCACGAGAACCGCUUGACUGCUCGUCAGGAUGACCGCCAGUGUGGUGCUGGUAUUGGCUCUUGCGCCGCUGGACAGUGCUGCUCCGGUGCUGGAUACUGCGGUACCGACAACGACUACUGCUACUCCCCUGGCUGCGACUACAAGUACGGUCCCGGCUGCCCUGAGAACGUCACCCCCGCGGGUACCAACACCUCGUCGAUUGCCCGCACCAAGGUUGGCUCCGUUCCCUACGGUGGCGCCGGUAUCUACAACUGUAUCACACCUGGCACAGUUGCUCUGACCUACGACGAUGGCCCACAGAAGGACUACACUACUCACGUUCUUGAUGUCUUCAAGACAUACAACGGAAAGGCCACCUUCUUCAUCUCUGGCAACAACAUCAACAAGGGUGAGAUCGACACCACCCCCGAGUUCUCUAGCGUCAUCAAGCGCAUGGACUCUGAGGGUCACCAGAUCGCAUCCCACACCUGGACUCACUUGGACUUGAGCGCCGUCUCUUCCAUCGACCGCAAGCAGCAGAUGUGGAAGAACGAGAUGGCUCUUCGCAACAUUGUUGGCAAGAUCCCCACCUACAUGCGCCCUCCCUACUCCAGCUGCACAGCUGAGUCCGGCUGCGAGCAGGACAUGGCUGAUCUCGGUUACCACGUCACCUACUUUGACGUUGAUACCGACGACUACAACCAGGACGAUGUCAACAAGAUCCAGAACUCCAAGAACUACUUCCGUGGCAACGUUACCCAGAAUGGUGCUUCUGCUGCCAGCUCGGAGUGGUUGGCUAUUGGCCACGAUAUCCACUACCAGACCGUUUACAACCUCACUGACUACAUGCUGUCCACCAUCACCGGUCUUGGCUACAAGGCCGUUACCGUUGGCGAGUGCCUCGGCGACCCCCAGGCCAACUGGUACCGCACUGCUGGUGGCGCUGGUUCUACUCAGCCCUCUACUACCACGUCUGCUGCUCCUUCCACCGGAACCCAGAAGGUCUCUACCGACGGUACCUGUGCUGGUACUGGCAAGCAGACUUGCCUUGGCUCUACCUUCGGAAACUGCUGCAGCCAAUAUAACUACUGCGGAUCUACCACUGACCACUGCGGAACUGGCUGCCAAACUGGCUUCGGCAACUGCGGUGGCACCGGCGCCGUCACCUCCAAGGCUUCUGCCGCCGCCACCACCUCCAAGGCUCCCGCUGCUACCGCCACCACUACAUCCAAGGUUUCCACCGACGGCAACUGCGGUGGCACUGGCAAGCAGACUUGCCAGGGCUCUACCUUUGGAAACUGCUGCAGCCAAUAUGGAUACUGCGGAGCUUCCACUGACCACUGCGGUACCGGCUGCCAGACUGGCUUCGGCACCUGCGGUUCUUCCACCUCCACCAAGGCCGCUACCCCCACCACCGCUGCGCUGAAGGUUUCCACUGACGGUACCUGUGCUGGCACUGGCAAGCAGACCUGCAAGGGCUCCACCUUCGGAAACUGCUGCAGCCAGUAUAACUACUGCGGAUCCACCACUGGCCACUGCGGCACUGGGUGCCAGACCGGCUUCGGUACCUGCACUUAAGGAAUCGUCGUUGAAAGUUGUUUCUGGAUUGUAAAAGGUUGAAGCAGCGUUGGGCAUUGACGCCUUGUACAAAUGAAGCGAUAUAGUAUGCAUAUGACGAGUAUAUAGGGCUGUUGGGAUAUCCAUGACAUUUUACCUAUCAUCUACGUUUCAUACGGAUUCUGUGAAAGACAACUAAUAAGUCGUGCACCAGUGACCUAGAACGGAGUUUUUCAGUGGUGUUUCCACGGCUUAUUAGCUACAAUAGUGAUAGUUUGAUUCCUACAAAAGCGCCAAGUAGCUGUCAAGGCUCACAACGUCAGAAUGUUCAACCCUGCGAAGGACCCAGCUGAGCCAGAUGCUUUCACAGAAAGAUCCGCACAUAUGUUAACACGAACAUCUGCAAAUUACUUAGUUGAUCUUGUUUUGGGAGGUGUCCUAAGUUCAACCAAGAUAGUUCCUAGAAACAAGGACUUCACAGUUGAAG